AUGGAUCUUGCCUACAGUGUAAAGGAGAAAAUUCAUCAAAAGAAUAAUCGAAUAGACGAAGUGAUUUAUGAGUACGAGGAGUCAUAUCAAGAAACGGUUGCACACGAUUUAUAUGCAAAGAAAGACGAUCGUUCGCGAGUAUUUAAAGCAAAAAUAUCACGUGAACAAUACGAUAAUUUGGCAAAAAAUUUGGAUAAACCAUUGUCGUUCGACAGUUUUCUUCACGUGAUGAAACCGUUUAUGAUGGGCUCGUAUACGAGCGAUGAAAUUCAAAGAGCAUUUGAACUGUUAGACACCGAUAAAUCAGGAACUAUUGACAUCGAUGAAUUAGGCGCAUUUUUGCCAAUUAUCAAUUCACAUGUCACUAGUGACAUGUUACUACGCUAUGUUAGUCUUGUCGACGAGAACUUUGAUCACAAACUAAAUAUCAACGAGUUCAAUGAUCUUCUUUCACGUGGAAUCGGACGUGCUAUUGUUUGUGGACAUAUUUACUAA